ACUCGCUCACUCACUCACUCACUCGCUCAUACCCCGCCACCGGCAUCGCGGCGGCGACAGAGAGCCCGCCAGGUAGAGGCGGUUGCGGAGCGGCCGCCCGAGGCCGAAGGGGAAGAGCUGGGCUCCGGGGGAUCCGCCGCGCCGUCCCCGUGCGAGCUGCGAGCGCCCGGGGGCGGCGCCGAUGCUGCCGCCGCCGUGGUGAGUCGCGGCGCGGUGCCCUGUCGCCCGCCGCCCGCCUGAACCAUGGUGAUCAUGUCAGAGUACGCCUCAGUGCCGGCUUCCAGCGCAGCCCAGCCGCGGCCCCUGCGGGUCGGCUUCUACGAUAUCGAGAGGACCCUGGGGAAAGGCAACUUCGCCGUGGUGAAGCUGGCCCGCCACAGGGUGACCAAGACGCAGGUCGCGAUAAAAAUAAUAGACAAAACAAGGUUAGACCCCAGCAAUCUGGAGAAGAUUUAUAGAGAAGUGCAGAUAAUGAAGCUUUUGAAUCACCCCCACAUUAUCAAACUCUAUCAGGUUAUGGAGACAAAGGACAUGCUUUACAUUGUUACUGAGUUCGCUAAGAAUGGAGAAAUGUUUGAUCAUCUGACCUCCAAUGGGCACUUGAGCGAAAGCGAAGCGCGGAAGAAGUUCUGGCAGAUUCUUUCAGCAGUGGAAUACUGUCACAGCCACCACAUAGUGCACAGGGAUCUCAAAACAGAGAACCUUCUGCUAGAUGCUAACAUGAAUAUCAAAUUAGCAGACUUUGGCUUUGGAAACUUCUACAAGUCAGGAGAGCCACUCUCCACGUGGUGUGGAAGCCCACCCUAUGCAGCUCCAGAAGUUUUUGAAGGCAAGGAGUAUGAAGGACCUCACCUUGACAUAUGGAGCCUUGGAGUGGUGCUCUAUGUCCUUGUCUGUGGUUCUCUGCCUUUUGAUGGACCCAAUUUACCAACUCUGAGGCAAAGAGUGCUAGAGGGGCGGUUCCGCAUCCCAUACUUCAUGUCUGAAGACUGUGAAACACUAAUCCGACGGAUGUUAGUCGUAGACCCGACAAAGCGAAUAACCAUUUCCCAAAUAAAGCAGCACAAGUGGAUGCAAGCUGACCCAUCCCUUCGACAGCAACAGUCCUUGUCCUUCUCCAUGCAAAACUACAACUCCAACCUGGGUGACUACAAUGAGCAGGUCCUUGGGAUCAUGCAAACGCUUGGCAUUGACAGGCAGAGAACUGUUGAGUCUUUACAGAACAGCAGCUACAACCACUUUGCUGCCAUUUAUUACCUGCUCUUGGAGCGCCUCAAGGAGUAUCGAAGCAGCCAGCUAUCGAGUCGUCCAGCAACUGGCCGUCAUCAAAGGCCAAGGAGCUCCGAGAUCAGCAAUGCUGAGAUGCCUCAGGACAGUCUCACUAAUGAAACCCUGCGAUCAUCUCUGCUUUACCAGCAGCCUCAGAGUCUGAUUCAACCAUCUUUGCAGGCAGAAAUGGACUGUGAUGUGAAUAAUCCAUUACAGCCUGUGUUUUUUCCUGUGGAUCCCAACUUCAACGGGCUGUUUCGAAAUCGCUCCAUCUCCCCCAGCAGCCUUUUGGAGACCACCAUUAGUGAAGAAGUGAGGCAAGAGAAAGAGCUGGAAGAUGAAAUUAAGGCGUACGACCACCCCAUCCGCAUCCCUAGCAACACCAGCCGGAGGCACACGCUGGCUGAAGUCACUCACUUCUAUCAGCAUGCCCCUCCAUGUAUAGUCAUUUCCUCCUCAGCAAGCCCCACAGAGGGAACUAGUUCAGACAGCUGCCUUACUUCAUCUUCAAAUGACAGCUCAGUGGCCCUGAGCAACUGUUUGGCAGGUCAAGUAAUGACGGGGAGCCCAGCCACAGCUAGGAUGACAUCACCCUUCCUAGCUUCUCAGUCUGACGCUCCGGUGUUACAAGCCCAGGGCUGCAUGGGAGGUGCUUCUCUCCUGCCUGUCAGCUUCCAAGAAGGAAGACGAGCAUCUGAUACCUCAUUAACUCAAGGCUUGAAGGCUUUUAGGCAGCAGCUGCGGAAGAACGCUCGAGCCAAAGGGUUUCUCGGCUUGAAUAAAAUCAAAGGCUUUGCUCGGCAGGUGUGUCAGUCCUCCUCAUCUCGGGCAGCAAGGAGUGCCAUGAGCCCUUUCCAACACGCACAGCCGAACACCUGCAUCUACAGCAGCAGUGGGAGCAACAGAGAGGGAAGAAACCUUCUGGAGGAAGUGCUACAACAGCAGAGAAUACUCCAGCUUCAGCAUCACCAGCUACUCCAGCCAGCUUGUCCCCAGACUUCUCAAGCAUCUGCGACAAAUGGCCUCCCCCCCUCUGAUAACGCAGGUACCUGCAAAGCCUCCAAUUCUCUUCUGUUGUCAGAGCUACAAAGAGAGAACUCAUUUGAGCUGGCCUUUGCUGGCAACAGCCAACUGCUCCAACCUCAUUUCUUUGGUGUCAGCGUGUCACCGGUGUCCUCAGCAGCUCACCUCCUAGACACUCACCUGUAUAUCAGCAGCAACGUCUCUCCGGUCGGCACCACCUUCUCUCAGCAACAGAGUUUCUCUGCUCAGUCUCCGAGCUACGACGCUGUCGCUUUGCAGCACGGGGAUUGUGAGAUGGAGGACUUGACUUCCAACCAGCUAGGGAAGUUUGUCCUGGUCAAAUGAGAGCUCUGGCUGCUACAGCUCACGCUGCUCUUUUUACAAAGAACUUGCACCGCUGUUCCAUGGCAUGCAUAGGUCCGUGGCUGGCUGGUGUUGUGUGGAUGAGUGACUCUCAGAAGCAAUAAAUUUUGAAGUAUGUGAAGAGGCUGUCUGGCUCCGAAAGCUAGCAACUUUAUAGAACUGAAACAAGCAAUAUGUAUGUCUUUUUGCUUCUACUAUUCUUGCACUGAACAAAUACGAAUAGAAACUUUUUUUUUUUUUUUUUAAAAGGAAAAAUAAUGAUGGGGGAAGAUGGGUGGGGCAUUUGUGGGGACAGGGAGGGAUGUGGUUGGGGAAGAAGUCUUCGGUACUGUACUCAAGUCAGACCAAUACAGCUCUGCUGUUAUGCAAGAUUAGCAGCUGUCGGUAGUGGUGACACAGCAGGGAGAGGCUUUUCAAAGAAGGGACCAGAGCCUCCCUCUUUCACAAUAUUCAUUUAUGGGUUUGUGAAGAUGAUUACCUCUUUUAAAGAAAAUAAACAGAAAACCAGUGGCAUGCAACAUUAUGCAUUCAUAGAAGACAAAAAUGGAAGCAUUGCCAUUUGUGGGGUUGUUUUUUUUUUUUUCCUCCUGUUAACACUCAUUUUGUUUUAAAGGAACCAACAUCCCCAUUCCGCAUCUCCCAGAUAUGUAUACUUUAAAUGAAAACUGUGAACUUUCUGCUUGAUAUGUCAGCUAGAAAACCUUUUUUUUU